AUGUCGGUGAUGGAGUUUCUGAAGGAUUUACCGUCUUAUGACGAACACAACUUUACAUUAUUUAAUACAGAUUCCGGUAUUAGGAAUUGUUCAAAAAGACCUUCAAUAUAUCUGCCCACUAAGGAUAUUCCAUCCGACCAAAUUAUAGUUACAGAAAAAACAAAUAUUCUAUUAAGAUAUUUACACCAGCAGUGGGAGAAAAAGAAUAAUAAUUCUCCAAAGAAACGAGACCAGAGCCAUAUUGAACAGAAUGGUGAUGAGAACCGACCACGCAAGAGGCCCUGUCUUAACUCACCACUAAACUGA